CGGUCACAGAUUAGGCCCAGCGACGUAAUAAGUCAACAAAGACUCCCCAUUUUUCGAGUCUUCCCGAGCGAGUUUUGAUCUUCCAAACCCAUCUUCCACUUCAAUGAUUCAUCAUCGCUCACAACCCAUGUUUCUUGAGCCUGCCUUUCUGUUUGCUCGAAACAACAAGGAAAUCCGUCUUCCAACAGGAUGAAUACACGUCUUCUUCUUCUGUUAUGUGCCAUGUUUUUGGUCUUGAUGAUCAAUACGACUCAAUCGCAGGGCAGCGAUGCCUUGUACUCGAAUUGCAGCAGCCUGUUCAGCUGCGGGAACAUCCAAGGCGUUGGCUACCCUUUUUGGGGUGGGAGCCGAUCCAGCAGCUGCGGCUACCCGGCGCUAGAACUUGCUUGCGAGAAUAACACUGCCACUAUCGUGAUAUCCAAUGUCAAAUACAAGGUUCUCGGUGUCAAGCCCGACACCGAGAUCCUACAAAUCGCCCGGGAAGAUCUCUCCACCGGAAUCUGCUCCCAUGACUUCAGUAACACCACUCUCGACCCUGCGCUCUUCAGCAUAGUCAACGGCUACGUCAACUCCACAUUCAUCUACGGCUGUCAGAAUGUGUCAACACCGAAUGUUCCCAGACAAUUCUCGUGCACCAUAAGUGGUACUGCUAAGACAAACGGUAGUGUGGCUCCCGGGCCUGUAGAGACAGGAAGUCACUUCAAGAGCGUGGUGAUCCCCAUCUCUCAGACUCUACUGCCCAAGUUGGGUAAUGGCUCGGAGAGCAUGGAGAAUAUAUUGCAGCAAGGAUUCGAGGUCAGGUUAGGCGUGAAUUCUGCAGCGUGUAAAGGGUGUGCUAAUUCGAAAGGUGUCUGCGGUUAUGACAUCUCAAAGAACACGGCGAAUUGUUAUUGUGCGGAUGGAUCAUCGGGGUCGGCAACAUGUGCGCCUUCUGUUGCCGAAGGGCCUCCAGGGCAGCCUGGUUCAAAAGGAUCCUCCAAGCGGUUUAUAUCGGUCGCAGCUGGAGUUGGUGUUUCAAUAUCUGCAAUUGCCAUCAUUUUCAUCCUCAAGAUUAAAACGGGAAUCUUCUCAUGGAGGGUUCCACUCUUCAAGAGCGAGAAAGAUCUAGAUGUUGAGAUAUUGAUGGGAAUCCAUGGAUCUCUUGUUCCAAGAAGAUACCGAUAUAUAGAUCUGAAGAAAAUGACAAACUCAUUUUCAGAGAAACUUGGUCAAGGAGGUUUUGGUGCAGUGUAUAAAGGAAAGCUAAAGGAUGGUCCGCUCAUCGCAGUGAAAAUCCUUAAGGAGUCCAAAGGUAAUGGAGAAGAAUUCAUCAAUGAAGUCAUGAGUAUUAGCAGAACUGCCCACGUCAACAUUGUCGCUCUUCUGGGUUUCUGUUAUCAAGAGAAGAAAAGAGCUUUGGUAUACGAGUACAUGCCAAACGGGUCUUUGGAUAAGUUUCUACCUAGUCAAGGAGGUUCAAGUACUACUUGUCCCCUAGAAUGGAAGAUCUCGUAUCAAAUUGCGAUGGGCAUCGCUCGAGGGCUCGAGUACCUGCACCGUGGGUGCAGCACAAGAAUUUUGCACCUUGACAUUAAACCGCAGAACAUUUUACUCGACCAGGAUUUCACUCCGAAAAUCUCAGAUUUCGGCCUCGCUAAGCUGUGCAAAGGGAAGGAGAGCAUUGUAUCAAUGUUAGGCACGAGAGGAACAUGUGGAUACAUCGCUCCGGAAGUAAUGUCCAGGAACUUUGGAGGAGUCUCCCACAAGUCGGACGUUUACAGCUAUGGGAUGUUGGUUCUGGGAAUGAUAGGCGCAAGGAAUAACUCCAAUGACCAAGAGCCGGACGGUAGCGAAAUGUACUUCGCCGACAUGGUAUAUAGGCAUCUUGACCCGGACAAGGGUCUACAAUUGGAUGGGAUUACCACAGAAGAGGAGGAAGAGAUAGCGAGAAAGAUGAUCAUCGUGAGCAUAUGGUGCAUUCAAGCAAAGCCAUCUGAUCGUCCCUCAAUUUCAAAGGCGAUAGAGAUGUUAGAAGGCAACCUCGAACUCUUGGCGAUACCACCGAAGCCUUCCUUGUCUUCUCCAUCAGUACCGCCAAGAAAUUUUGAAAGAACCUCCUCGUCAUCGACGUUCACCAAUAGCAAGAGCCACCAAGGGCAAGAGCCACAAGGAGGAGAAAGCUAUGUGUCGGUAGGAAACCAGUAGCAACAUGCAUCACAUCGUACCGGAAUACGACUGUCAACCGUUAUUUCCGCCAGGAAGAUUUGAAACCCCUUUGCUCCUAAGGGCCAGAGCUCCGGAGCUAUGGCUUCGACCCCAUUUAUUCUCAUGCAAAUGUCAUUUCAAUCACUUUGCUUCUUUGAAUACACAAUCGAUGAAAUUCUCUCCCAUGAGCAAUUGUCAUCAUUUUUACCUUCACAAGAAGCAAACUGUUCAAAGUGGCCUCGACCGUAACAGAAACAACUCCAGAUCUUGUCCGCCCAUUGACCCCUCUCUAGAUAAAUUCCUCUCAAGACGAGACGAGAACUAACAAUAGGAAUGAAAAAUGGACCAAGAAAGUGUAAUGGCCCUUGGACCACAUAAUUCGGAGGCACUCGGCCCUCGCCAUAUCAAAGAGAUCACGUAACAAAUUCCAACUAAUGCUACUGUCAGAAUUCACUUUGAUAAGAUUGCUAAUGUUACAAGUUUUGCAAGACCACGUAGUUUUUGUGAUGCAUCCAAACCAAUCUAUACGAGCAUCCAUCAAUUUUGAAGGUUACCGAGAUGUUGGAAGGAAACUUUUUACAUUUUCUUCGGGUGAAACUAGAAAUAUCAUGUU